AUGACAGUUAUUGAGCCAUUGGACAGAGUUCCUGUUCAUUUAACUCCUGUUAAACGUCGUACUCAUGUCGAGACUUUUAAUACAACUCCAAAAAUGGAUUCUCUUGCUGCUUCUCCAAUUGGAGUUUCUUCUGAAAAAUCCAACAGAUAUACCAAUACUGUCGGAUCUACUCCUAUUACGGAUAACAUUAUCACUCAUGUUAAACAGAAUUCUAAAAAUGUUUCAUCAACUCUUACUGGAAUGCUUGCAUUGCGUGCUCGUUUAGUUCUUUCUGACUUGGAUCGCACUCGUUUUAAAAAAAAUGCUGCAGCUCUCUGUGUUGUUUUGAUUGCAUCGAUUCUGCUGUUUCUUAGUGGUUAUGACGCUUAUCCCCUUCGAUAUCCUGCAACUGUCUUGACUGGAUCUAUUCUGUUUUUUAUAUCCGUCUUUUUACUCAAUAUCAUUGCAAUCUCUGCAAAAUAUCUCUGGCCUGAUCAAUCCAAGUCAACGUCUAUCAUAUCUAAUAGUACUACUCAAUCAUCUCAUCAAGGCUAUGAACAAUCUCUGGUAGAAUCUCGUGGUGAAGCAUGGUCACCAGUUCGUCCACUUGUUUCUCCUCGGAAAGUCUAUACGAGUCCCAGAUCUGAAACCGAAAACUCUUUUAAUAACAAUGUCUUGGCUUCAACUUUUGGUUCUCAUUUGUCACUUACUCGCAACACUGUUGUCAAACCAUUUAUGCUUCGUGGAUCUCCCAUGAGAAAAGAAAUACCCAUGAUUCAUGAUCGUAUGGACUUGAAUUCUUUACUUGAUGGCGACAAUCAAGACGAUCAACUCGCUUCCACAGUCAAAAAUCCAUUCACAAUGUCGCUUGGAGCUUCUACUUCAACAAUAUCUCAGUUUCAACAUGCUGUAAAACCUACCGUGAAUCUGAUGGAUAAGGAAAUCAUUGAAGAUGGACUGGUUGUUCGAGAACCUACAAAAACUCUCAAAGAAUGGAAAACUGGUCAUUAUAUUGAUAAAUGGGCUGAAGAAAUUCGCAAGGUAUUUAAUCCAGUCCGUUCAAUUCGCCAGUUUGUAUUACAUAUUCGACUAUUUUCUUACAUUUUGAAUCCAUCUGAAAAGUGGUUGGCAACCCAUCUACUUGCUCAGUUGGUUGAGCGUAUUGAUGCUGUAGAUCAACUACUGACCACUGCUGGACUAAGCCAUCUUUCUUGCAGCGUCAUGUCACCCAUUGAAGGAGUUCAGAUCAAGGAACCUGUUGUAUCAGCUGGAAUGACUAAUACAGUAAAACCUACCAACUAUUUUGGACUACCCAAUACCACGCAAACACCAUUGUUUGGCAGAGGUGUACAAGCAGCUACUCAGCCUAAUCAACCUUCUGCAGCACCUCAAACUUUACAGCAAUUGGCUGAUCAACUACCUCUGGAACCCAUGGUUAAAGAACGCGUUAUAUUGGAAGGAUAUCUUGCUGUCGGCAAAUAUUCAUCCAGGGACUAUAUCAUAUAUCGUAUUAAAGUACUUGCAACUGGAAGCUGCCUUGCUCAGUACAAAUGGAACGGAGGACAAACCUGGAAGGGAAAGCAAUGGAACCAUGAUGUUUACCCAUCAGAUGCAGAAAUCAUCAUGCAUUUGUUUUGCAAGUAUUUGGACGAAAAAAUCAUGAUUCUAGAACCACACAAGUAUCGAGGAUUUACUGACAAGCAUUUUUUGCCAUCUGGUGCCAAGCCGAGUCUGUUGCCCAUUUACAUGAUUCGUGAGCAAUCUAAAUGGCCCGCUCACUAUCAACUUGUAGUCGAGAAUACGAUUUGGGAUCUGCAUCCAAAUCGUAACAAUCUGUUCCAUACACUAGCCAUGUUCAUUUAUUGUGUCAAGGUUAUAUCGAGUGGCUAUAUUGGAUUGCUGUAUAUUGGAGGCGUGGCGACACAACUAUUGGAUAUUGUUGCUUAUGGACCGAUUGCAUCGAAAUAUGACUGGCCGUCUAAAAUUCAUGGCAACAAGGAAACUGAAUUGCUUUCAUCUAGCCAACUCGGGAGCAGUGCCGGGAACAAGCUUAAGCUUACCAAAAGCGAUUCUACUCCAUUGAUGAAAACACCAAAAAGACUUCUCAAAUUUUAA